AUGGCGUGGCAACCUCGGUCUGAGAACCUGGGUCAGUUGACACAGUAUUUGCGUGAUUCAUUAAGUGGGAGUGUCGCGACGCAGAAGACUGCGGAACAGAUGCUAGCCCAAACACGAACCUCGCCCGAUAUCAACAAUUAUCUCGUCUAUAUCUGCAUAACGCCUACUCCCCCGUCCGAGGUAACUCCGGAUGCCUAUCACGUUGCGCGCAGUGUUGCGGCGAUCAUGCUCAAAAACAACGUCAAGAACAGCUUCAAAUCAAUACCCGAAUCCAGCAGAGAAUAUUUGAAGGCCAACGUCUUACUUGGUCUGCAAGAUACCAAUGCCCAGAUACGAAGCUACGUCGGCAACGUCACCACGGAGGUCGUGCGACAAGGUGGGGUCCUGGGAUGGCCGCAAGUUCUCCCUGACCUUGUCGCAAUGGUCGAGGGCCAGAACGGCCAAAGUUCGCCCGAGUCAAGAGAUGGUGCCAUGGGAGCUAUUUUCAAGAUUUGUGAAGAUAAUCGCAAGUCGUUGGACAAAGAGUAUCAGACACAAAGGCCCCUUGCCUUCCUGUUGCCCAAGCUCGUCGAAUUCACUCGCAACAAUGAUGCAAAAGUCAGGUCAAAAGCACUUGCCGCCAUAAAUGUGUUCUUAAAAGAGCCUGUUGCCCUGUCGAUCCGCGAGAACAUCGAUUCCAUUCUGCCGGAGAUCGUUCGCCUCUCCAGCGAUGGCGACGACAAUGUCCGACGAUUCGUUUGCCGCGCAUUUGCACUGCUGGCUGUUGGACUACCCGAGAUAUUGUUGCCUCACGUUCAAGGUAUAAUUGAAUACACACUCACACAGCAAAAAGAUGGCGAAAACUCAGAUCUGGCUCUGGACGCAGCAGAGUUCAUCUUCGAAGCCAGCGGCUCAAACAACAAACUUAGAGACGCCCUCGGUCCCCAUCUACCUCAGAUCGUGCCGGUGCUGCUCGACUGCAUGAUUUACGAUGAGGAUGCUCGCUUGCAGUUCGAGGAUGAUGUCCAAGACGCGGAAGUUGAAGACGAUGAACAGGACAUCAAACCACAAUUUGCCACUGCCAAGAAGUCCCGCGUAGAUGUGUCGGUCCCUGGCUCCUCGCAGACAGCAGGAAAUGGGGAGGCGCAAGGAGCCGCCAAUGGAUAUGCUUUUGAGGACGACGAUGAUCUCAGCGAGGGUGAGAUUGAAGACGAAGAUUACGAAGUUGACCCCGAAGAAGAGUGGAAUCUGCGAAAAUGCUCAGCCGCUACGUUGGACGGUUUGGCUUGUUACUUCCACGGAGCAGUGUUCAAGGAGGUUCUGCCGUGGCUGGUCAAGAGUCUCGAGGAUUCAAACUGGUACAACUAUGAGGCAGCCGUUCUCGCUCUGGGUGCUAUUGGGCCAGGUUGUAUGGAUGAUGUGACUCCUCAUCUUCCCGAGCUGGUCCCGUACAUGCUCAAUCGGCUAAUGGAUGAGCAUGCUAUCGUCCGACAAGUGACAUGUUGGUCCCUGAGCAGAUACUCUGGCUGGGCUGCGCACGACCCCGCUGCUUCGAAACAGCAAUUCUUCGAACCCAUGAUGGAGGGCUUGCUGAAGUGUAUGCUCGACAACAACAAAAAAGUACAAGAAGCCGCUGCGUCCGCAUUUGCAAACCUGGAAGAGCAAGCGACAUCUGCGCUGGUUCCAUACUGCAAUGUCAUUAUCCAGCAAUUCAUGAAGUGCUUCCAAAAAUACAAGGAUAAGAAUAUACAUUUGCUCUACGCAUGUGUACAGACGCUUGCCGAGCAUGCCGCAUCUUCGCUAUCCCAGCCUGAGAACGUCGAUAUCCUGAUGCCGACCUUGAUCGAACGUUGGGCCAAAGUUCAGGACCAGUCUCGAGAGAUGUUCCCGUUACUCGAGUGCUUGUCCUUUGUUGCGACUGCUCUAGGACCAAGAUUUGCACCAUUUGCACCACCCUUGUUUGCACGAUGCAUCAAAAUUCUGCAUACCAAUCUGGAGGAUGGUAUGGCAGCAGAGACCGAAGAGUACUUGGAAUCUCCGGACAAGGACUUUCUCGUUACCAGCCUCGACCUGUUGAGCAGCAUCGUUCAGGCUCUCGACAGCGCACAAAGCGCCGAAUUGACGGCCACAGCUCAGCCAAAUAUGUUUGAACUGCUUGCGUACUGCAUGAAGGACUCUAGCAACGACGUCAAGCAAUCAGCAUACGCUUUGCUGGGAGACUGCGCCAUAUACAUCUUCCCACAACUUCAGCAGUACCUCCCUGCCAUGAUGACCCUCAUCACCUCGCAACUUGACCUCAGUCAUGCUAUGGAAGAACCUGAGACCGCAUUCCGGGUGAUUAACAAUGCGUGUUGGUCCUGCGGCGAAAUAUCCAUGCGUCAAAAGGAGGGCAUGAGUCCAUACGCUGACCGUCUUUUGUCAAAGCUUGCCUUCAUCAUGUUCACCGACAGUGUUCCAGAAUCGUUGACCGAGAAUGCUGCAAUUGCACUUGGCCGCCUAGGUCUCGGGUGCCAUCAGCAGCUAGCGCCUCAUCUUGCCAAUUUCGCAGGACCAUUCUUACAGGCCAUGCAGAAAGUGGAGUGGAAUGACGAAAAGGGCCAUGCAUACAAAGGCUUCGUCAAGAUCGUUCUCGACAACCCUCAAGCUCUUGAAAAGUAUCUACUCAACUUCUUUGGCGAGAUGGCCAAUGCACCAGAGUCUUUCCUGUUGGGUAUGCAGGAUGACGGACCGAGACAAGGCUUCGAGCAAAUCCUGUCGCAAUACAAACAGAUGAUUGGUGAUGGGUUCGAGGGCUUCUUGCUGCUUCUGCCAGCCGAACAACUGCAGAAUUUACGCCGAUUGUACUCCUUCUAG